GAUGAAGCCACCGUAAUUCUUCUACAGUCCACUAUGGAGACCAAAGACACGCCGACUCGCUUCCCUGCUCUCUCCGCAGACGUAUUUGCAGCCAGCGAUUCCACCACAGCAGAAAGUCCGCCUGUCAGUCCACGAGCUCAGCUCCCUGCGUAUGGCGACGAGAGAGAACCUCCGAAAUACCAAGAAGAUGGAUUAAGCAAAGAUGAGGACGCCAUAAACAAAGCGAAAACAAGAAGAACGCUAUUUGUGCGACUAUUGUCGUCCAUCUUCGUGACUGUGAUAGUCUUGCUGGUUGUGGCGGCCGCGGUUGGGCGAAUCUAUGAUAGGCAGGCCAGGGAGAAGAAGUCGAAAGAAGAACAAAAGGCCAAUGAUACAGAUAUGGGAGUCAAGAUUCAAGAAGGAAACGAUACUCUUGUGGUGUCAUUGACAGCCACUUCUGCGGCUCUGGUCUUUACCGUUGCAGCGACGGCCGUUCUAUCUAUUGCAUAAAUCUUGAGUAACACACGAUUAUCACUAUUGCACAUUUUCUCAUUGUAUGUACCUAUUUGCAGUACAGCUAUAAUCGUCCAGUAUGAAAUCAUGAAACAAUUGCUAUCGGAA